UCUCAAGUGCCCUUUAUAUGUUGUAUGUUUUUUCUAAGAUGGUAGACAGUAAGAUGAUUACUGAUUUUAUAAACCGCUAUGGGGUAGAAUUUCAGUUUUUUGUUUAGAUUUGGGGACUCUUCGGCACGCAAAUUACAUGCUAAUGAUGGGGCUUUUGCUGGCAGUAAACCUUUCUAUUUGAGGGCAUCCAGUUUUCUGUGCUCUUGUAAGGGGCAACAAGAAUGGAGGAUCAGAGGCCUGUUGAUUCUGUUGGCAAUACAUUUUUCUUUUCUUCUGUUUCUUUGCCCAUUUGGAAUCAGUUUGCACUCAAGUGGCAUAACUUUCCCUUUAGUCUGUAUGUUCUUGAACCAGGUAAGGAAUAAAAAGACCACGCUUCUGUGUUUUGAGAGAUCAACGUUGACAGUCUGGCACAACAUAGCCUACUUAUCCAUAAGUAACCAGCAAAAGCCCAGGAAAGGGAAUCUUUAAAUUUCAGUCUGUUUUAAUGUUAAAUGUCUUUUACCUGUUUAUGGUAAGUAUAUACAAUUCAUAAUGAACUGUACCAUGCUGUUGACCCCAAAAAUCAUAAACUCUUUUGUUUUGUGUAUCUUGAUUUUUCUGUGUGCUUUAUAGCGAAGCAGCUGACACGAGUCGCUUGUUCAUAAAACAUCUUUUGAAACUUGAGAGCACACCCCACUGGAGAACCGACUGUGCUUGCUUACGUUUGGUUCAUGACUAAAAAAUCAAGUACAGGAGUAAUUCCUGAUGAGGCUAAAGCUUUGUCUUUGUUGGCGCCAGCAAAUGCUGUUGCAGGGCUGCUUCCAGGGGGAGGACUUCUGCCUACACCAAAUCCAAUGGCAUCGAUUGGAGGCGUUCCUUUGUCCGCUCUGGGGGGUCCCACACUUGACCAAGGCCUUGCUGCGUAUGGGUUGCAAGGAGCAAGCUUAAAUUCUCAGUCUCUGGCAGCAGAUCAGCUUUUGAAGCUCAUGAGCAGCGUGGACCCAAAGUUGAAUCAUGUGACAGCAGGAUUAGUGAACCCAGCAAUGAAAUCUGAUGCGUCAAGUAAAGAAAUAGAGGAAGCUAUGAAGAGAGUCAGAGAAGCGCAGUCAUUGAUUUCAGCUGCUAUUGAGCCAGGAAAUAAGAAAGAAGACAAACGAAAACAUUCAAGAUCCCGAUCCCGAUCUAGAAGGCGAAGAUCCCGUUCCCGCUCCAGACAUAGACGUUCAAAGAGCAGAUCCAGGCGAAGGUCACAAUCCAAAUCAAGAAGCAGAAGGCGAUCUAAAAGUCCUAGGCGGCGGAGAUCACAUUCUAGAGAGAGGAGCAGGCGUUCAAGAAGCAAAUCCCGGGAUAGAAAGAAAGAAGAAAAAGAAAAGAAACGCUCUAAAACUCCACCGAAGAGCUACAGUACUACUAGAAGAUCUCGAAGUCCUAGCAGGGACAGAAGACGUAGAAGAAGUCGCAGUGUAAGUCGAUCUCCUAAAAAGUCACCCAAAAGAAAGAUCUCCAAAUCACCCUCCCCUAGAAGGCACAAGAAAGAAAAGAAGAAGGAUAAGGAGAGAGAGCGAGACAGAGGUAGAGAAAGAGAGAAAGACCGAGACAGAAGCAGAGAUGAAAGGGAAAGAUCAACCAGCAAGAAGAAGAAAAGCAAGGACAAGGAAAAAGAGCGGGAAAGAAAAUCGGAUGGUGAGAAGGGAGAUGUAAAGCGCUCUAAACUGGGACUGUUGCAGGCACAGAUGGCUAAGGGAGAACAGAAUGAGGUGACAAGAGAUUAUGAUGAAGAGGAGCAGGGGUAUGACAGUGAAAAAGACAAAAAAGAGGACAAAGGUUCAGACUCUGCUUCUCCUAAGGUGAAGGAAUCUUCGGUUGAUAAAGGAGUGGGAGACACAGUAAGAGAAUCCAAAGUGAAUGGUGAUGAUCAUCAUGAAGAAGACAUGGACAUGAGUGAUUGAAUGCAUUCAGGUUUCCUAACGUGUUUAGCAGUGCUUAUAGCACAUUAGCACUCAUGCAUCAGUACCAUUCCUUUAGCUUUUUUUGUGUUUUUCAAAUAGCAGCAAGAAGAAUAUACUUGGUGCCUUGAGUGUUGGCUGGAGAACUGCAGUCUUAAAUGUACAGUUAAAAAAAAAUGCAUCUGUUGGAAACAUUACAUCAUAAAUCUGGGAGACUAAACCAGUUGGUUUCAUUUACAGUAGAUGGAAUGCCCCUGUGCAUGGUGGUUGUGAGUUGUUCAUUUCAAUACUAAAAUACUGUAUUAUCAGGGUCUGUCUUUACUGAUUUUUGACUAACAGGGAAGUCACAUGGGUAUUUCUUCUGUUCUGUUAUAUACGCUCUUAUUCGAGUGAACCAGCAUCCAUAAAACUGUAGAGCUUUUUGUUUUUAUUUGUAUUUGUGUGCUUCUAGAGCGAGUAUACAGAUAAGUAAUGCUAUGUUAUAUUUUUUGAAAGUGUUUCUUUACAGGUGUGGAAUUAUCUUUUGCUUAUGUAACAAAAUGACAUUUCAAAAUAAACAAGUAAUGCAUAGCUAUUACACUGGUGGGUAUUCAAUCUGUUUCCAUUAUGUAAAUACAUAUAAACAUUUAACUUUGUUUGAAAAUAACACAUUCUGAUAUUAAGCCUUGUGACAGUAGUUUUGAGAACUAGUUGUCUUUAAUUGCCCUGGUCUGAUUUAUAAUUUCUUUAAAUAAAGCUCUAGUUGAUGUAUUUUGUGACACUGUUAAUGUACACGUUCUUGAUCUUGUUGCCCACUGUUCACUGUUGUAUUUGGAAUAUGCAGAGAUGAUCUGAUUUGUGCUCAAUCUUGUGGAGCUCUUAUUUUUCUUUCCACCCUCAUAUCGGUUCAAAAUUUGUUGUGGGUUAUAGUCUACUCUCUGUUCAUGUACAGUUUAUGAAGCGUUUUACAAGUGAGUAUCUUUGAUAAUAAAACCCCUACAAAAUAA